AAACUCAAAAAGGGGGGAAACGAGAACAAUAAAAUUAUUCUUCAUAGCUUUUUCGUUUCAGAUUUGCAUGCUUAUGCCAUGCAAUGAUUUAAAAUUUGGUUAUCCAACGUCUGGAGUAAAAAUUUGAACGAGAACAAAGUUCAGAUUUUCGUAUUUCUUAUUAAGUUACAAAAUGAAACAAAAAAUGAAAAUUUUUGAAAAGAGUUUUUGAAGAUUUUUAUCUCUUUCAAAUGAUUGGAAAAUAAUUUAUAAUAAACAAAGUUUUGCUGCAUUUUUAACUGCUUUGCUGGAAUGUAAGCUGAAAAUUUCAGCCAUAAUUUGAUCUAAUUUGGUGUAGAAAUUCAAAAAAACUCUUGGGUUAGGAAUUACAACUUCUGAUUUGCUAUUGAUUUUUUUCUUGUUAUCAGCUCUUGAGGAAUUAAACAUAUGUGUAAAAGAAUGUUACAAAAAGCGUUUGAAGUAACUUUGGUCAAACCUCCACCAGGCGUUCAGUUAAGUCAUCCUCUUCACAUUGGAUUAGAGAAAGGAUAUAUUGAUGCACAUCAAAUGCUUAAAAAUGCAAAUGAUCUGCCCUGUUUUGUUGGGAGCAUUAGAAGAAAUUUUCCUAUUCUGUAUGCAGUAUCAGAUUGUAUCUUCGUGAAUGUACAUGUAUUAGAAUCAGCUUCCAGUUUUAACAGCAAAUGUAUUUUUAUAUAUGUUACAGAACAUUUUUUGAAGCACUAUGGCUAUGAUUAUGAUGAUGUAUGUUAUUUUAAGCCCGUUUCUUGCCUUUCAUUAGAUAAAAUCGUGUUUGGUGCCAAAACCGUCAAAAGUUUCUCAUGGUUUCAAGAUCCUGACGUUUUGAAAAAUCUUUUUAUUUACUCUUGUAAGGAAAAAAUGCUCUGUCGACAAGAUGAUGUAUUCUUGAAGUCACCGCAAGAAUUUUCAUCAGUUUAUUCAACAAAUUAUUCAGAAUAUAUAACAUUAAGUUGCCAACCUGUGUUUCAAGGACUUAUUAACUCUGUGACAUCCCUUACAAUUGCUGAUGUUAAAGAUAUCUCUGACUGUAAUUCUGGAAAUACAAAAUCCUCAAAUGGAAAUUCGGAUCAAAUAUCUCUGAUAAAUUUAAUUAGUUACACAAGUAGGAAUUUUCUAGGAAUGAGGCUACAUGAUGAUUCUAUUUCAUCACUGCCAAUUGCAAUCAAUUUAAAAUUUCUUUCUUCCUUUGAGAUACGUGUAAUUCCAAAACUUUCAACACAUUUUGAAAAUGAUAUAAGAAAUCUAGGUAGCGACAUUGAUGAAAUGAAUCUUGUAUUUGUAUCAAAUAUGGCUUUGAAAAAGUUAAGAAUAGUUAAUGGUGCUUGGGUUAAAAUUAGCUUGCAUAGACACACAAAGAAAUCUAGCUUGAAUGUAAAAGAUUAUUCAACACAGCCAGCUCCAAAUCAUCGUUUGGCACACGUGUGCUGCUUUAGCAAUGAAAAAUUUACAGCUCAGUAUUUUGAGUCUGAUGAAAUAGUGUACAUUAGCCCCCUUUUGUGGUUUAAUUUGAACAAUCAUCCUUCUGUUCUUAUACAACCUGAUUCUAGGCUGAAAAUAGAGCCUGUUGAUGCGAAUUACAUGCCUUCUUAUGCUGAUGAAGCUUACGUUUGUUUAGUUCAGUCACCAAAUUAUGAUGGCAAAAUAAAUUGUGAUGCCAUGCUUUCAAACUAUUUUGGUACUCCAAGGUAUAUUUGUAAAGGGGAUAUGAUUUGCACUAAAUCUAAAGGUCAAUUGGAUUUUUUUGCAAAGAUGCAGGAUGAAGAUGUUGACAAACUGAAGUGGCCUAUUGUACACUUUCGUAUUCCAACAAUUGAGGGUUCAAAUUCUUCAUCUGGUUUUUUGAUUAGUAAUAAAUAUACACGUUUGUACCAGCUUGGGACAAAGCAAAGUUAUGUACCUGUCACCAUGGAAACUUAUCUUGCUUCAUCAUCAUAUCAUCCAGUUUGGAAUGCAGUACCAAAUGGUCUUAUGAACUAUGUAUAUACUCUGCAGAACCUUAUUUUACCUUUUCUGAAGCUACAAAGUGAAAGUUGCCAUAUUAGUUCAAACAUUCUCUUUACGGGGACAACUUGUUGUGGUAAAACCACAGUCAUUAAAACUGUCUGCAGGUGUUUAAAUCUUCAUUUAUUUCAGGUCAAUUGCCAUGAAUUUACAGGUGAAACUUCUGCUGUUACAGAAGCUCGGUUAAGAAACAAAAUAGAUAAAGGUUCAACCUAUGCUCCAUGCAUAGUGCUUUUAAAAAAUAUUCAUUGUAUUGGAAAGGAGAAAGAAGCCUCAGCUGAAGAUUCUAGAGUCUUACAUUCAUUGGCAAAUCUUUUGAAGAAUGUAAACAGUCAUGGCGGACAGUAUCCCAUCGUUGUCAUUGGUACCACAACUGAUCCUAGACUUCUUAGCAGCAAUCUUGUGUCUGCUUUUCUUCAUUCUGUGCACAUGAAUCCUCCUGAUGAAGAAGAAAGAUCAUUGCUGCUGCAAGACCUUCUCAUGGUGUGUGACUUGAGCAAUGAUGUCUCUACACGUUAUUUAGCACAGCGAACUGCUGGAUUUGUUUUAGGCGAUUUAUGUGCUCUUACGAAUCAGGCCAUUAGAAAUGCAUAUAACAGAAUUAAAAAUAUUGUAGAUAAAAAUGGAUAUAAUCGAAGAGAAGAAGAAGACAUUAUUUUAGCGUCUGUUCCAGUAAUUCAACGUGAUUUGCUAAAUGCUUUGGAAAAACUGCAAGCAGAAUUUGCAGAAACUCUAGGAGCACCCAAAAUUCCAAAUGUAAAAUUUGAAGAUGUUGGUGGUUUAUCAGAUGUGAAGCAAGAAAUUUUGGACACCAUACAACUGCCUUUAGAACACCCAGAAAUACUUUUCUCUGGACUAAGAAGAUCAGGUGUUUUAUUAUAUGGGCCACCAGGUUCUGGAAAAACACUUUUGGCAAAAGCUGUAGCAACUGAGUGCUCCUUAAAUUUCUUAAGUGUUAAAGGACCUGAGCUUAUCAACAUGUAUGUAGGGCAAAGUGAAGAAAAUGUACGUGCUGUUUUCAAUCAAGCUCGAAGUGCAGUUCCUUGCAUUAUAUUCUUUGAUGAGUUAGAUUCUUUGGCUCCGAACAGAGGUCGAAGUGGAGAUUCAGGUGGUGUAAUGGACAGGGUUGUCUCACAACUUUUAGCAGAGCUUGAUGGCUUAAAUAAGAGUGAAGUUUUUGUAAUUGGUGCUACAAAUAGACCUGAUUUAAUUGAUCCCGCAUUGCUAAGACCAGGAAGGUUUGAUAGAUUGUUGUAUGUUGGAAUUCCAGAAGACAAAAAAUCGAAACUGAGCAUUUUGAAAGCAUUAACAAGGAAAUUUCCAUUAGCAUCUGAUGUAAAGUUAGAAGAUAUUAUUGAAAAAUGUCCAAAACAUCUUUCCGGGGCUGAUUUUUAUUCAUUAUGUUCUAAUGCUGUGAUAAAAAGGGUUGAAAAAAAUGUAGAAUUAUUUGAAAAAGGGAAUGUGAAUAUGGAAGAUUUAAACUGUGACGUACAAACAGAAGACUUUCUCAGUGCGUUAGACUCACUCAUACCUUCUGUUUCUCCGGAACAGUACAUUGAAUAUCAAAGUAUAAAGUCAAAGAUAGAUAAUACGUGAUUUUCCCUACUUCAAGAAGUAAUGGAAUUGUUUGUCUGAUAAUGCCUUUUUAAAAUGUUAAAUGUUUAUAAAUUUGCUUUGUUUAUGUAGAUAAAAUGAAAUGCAAUUUCUUUACAUUAUAAAUGUGUUUAUAAUUAUUAUUUAAAUACACUAUGUGAUAAUUGAUUAAAAUGUAGAGAACUUUUUUGUGUGAAGGAAAAAUAUUUUUAUAAAUAUUCUCAAGUAUUCAAUUGGAAUUUUCAGUUUAUGAAUGAAAUCAUGAUACAGUUGAACUAUGUACUUUAACUAUGUACUUUUAUAAAAAUUUAUGAUGCUGAUAAGUGCAAUAAAGCA